AUGUCCCCCAGCCACCUCGCCACAGCUCUUCCCGGCCGUGUGACUAACCUCGCAGUGCCCGCCGUACCCCCUACCACCCUCCGCCUCAACUCCAACAAGGAGAACGCUCCAGCAGGCCCCACUGCCGUCUCCUCACCCUCGCGCCCCGCUCUCGGCGGCCUGGGCAUCGGCAAGCCCCACACCCGCAAGCCCUACGCCCGUACCGUGAGCCGCAAGUCCUCGUCCAAGGCCAAGGCCAAGGUCGCAGCCGCCAGCUCCAAGCUCAAGACUAAGAAGAACCAGGCCAGGAGCAAGAGUGUCACUCCCGUCCCCACCACUCCACCUGCGCUGGCCCCGGAGGACAUGGUCGAGGAUGUCGAGGACGAGCCCCCCGCUUCACCGCCCCCCUCUGCCAUCCUGGACAUCACCAACCUCAACAUCACCGACGGCCGUGUCACCGUCAAGGUCCCGCUCAAGAUGUCGCGUCCUGACGCACCGCCUAUUGGCCACUUGGAGCUUGCGUCUGAGCUUGUUCCUGCCGCAUACAUUCGCCACACGCUCAGGCCCACCAUGCACAAGCUCUACAUUGCUGCGUCUUUGUACCGUCCCUACCCCUCCGUCGACUCUCCCGAUGUGUACAACCUCCCCAGCAUCACUGUCGGCGCUGCCGGUGGCGGGCCCCGCAAGUCGUUUGCCUGGGGCGUCCCCGCCGUGGUUGAGGGUCGCGACACCAAUGAGGCCGUCGCCGACGCUGUCUACGGUUUUGAGCCCGACAUGUGCCUCGCCAUUCGCAAGCGUGGUGACGACACCGCACCCUUCCAGCUCUACGCCAUCAACCACCUCGUCUACUCUGCUUUCUGCGCCCACUUCCCCCGCCUCCCCAUCACCCAGGCUGUCGACGCGAACGAGUACGACAGCGCAAGCGACAGCGACUUCAGCGAGUGCAGUGACCUGAGCGAGAUCAGCGAGGAGGACAUCGACGGCCUGUGCUCUGAGUCUGAGAGCGAGGACGAGGUCGUCAUCCAGGAUCCACAGGAGGAGGCAUCGUGCGCCUCGCGCAUCUCCCUCAUCUCGGCCACGUCGUCGACUAGCUCAGUCACCUCCGCCACUUCCUCCCUCUCCUCGCUCUCGACCGCGUCGCGCUUUGCCGCCCUCGACACUGGAAAGUACCGCCACCUGCCCGUGGUCGGCCUCGAGAUCCCUUGCCCCGAGACCUUCAAGCUCAUCCACUCCCGCCUGCACUUCCCCGGCAUCAAGUGGCAGGCCGAGCUCUUGGGACUCCAGAUCGACCCCGCGACGGCGAUCGCUGGCGGCGCCUUCUUCCAGCCCAGCGCGGCUGACAUUGAGGCCGCUCUCGAGACCCGUUCCGUCGCAGACCUCUCGCGCCGCGUCCACUUCCUCCACGCUGUGUGGUCCAACAUGGUCGCUCUCGGUGUGGAGGAUGACCAGAUGUGGGACGAGUUGGCCAGUGCAUGGUCGUCGGUGGUUGAGAUCCUUGCGCGCCGUGCUGUCCAGCAGGCCGCAGACGCCGCUGCUUCGGCCCAGGCUGACACCGAGGCCGAGGUCACGGUCAAGGAGGAGGUUGUGGCCUAG